AUGUUUGAUAGCCACUGCACCGCUGUCACAGAUUACUCCAACGAAAAAAUUGGGUUGGAGAUUUUCUUCGACAUUAAGGACGGUAAUUCGAUGGUUCGGUCGUAUUCACACGUAGAUAUCACGUUUAAACCUGUUCUGCCUCUCUACAUCAGUUCAAUUCCAUUUUCGAUGGAAUAUAGAAUCAAACACGAUGAUUCCGCUUCUCUGAACGUCUAUGCAAGGUGUUUGUUCUACGCUAAUGCACACACGACCUAUUCUCUCACGGUGUUGUUUGAGCUAGUAGGUGGUAUGAAGAAUCUGAUUAAUUUGAAGAAACUUAACGAUGACGUAAAGAUUGGAGAGGACAGUUAUGAAUUGUACGAUGGAAUUUUUGGAAAUUUUGAUGGAUACAUUUUUGUGGCGAUUAAGGGUAACAGGCGUCUUAACAUUGACUUCAAUGGUUUUUUCAAAGCGCUCCCGAAAAACUCUAAGAUUAAUUCGAACCAAUAUCUGUACAGUUUGUCUGUGGGCUCACAGGUCGUUCAGGGUUCAGGCACGGUAAAAUUCACAGGCUUCUCGGCUGCUGUCAACUACCUCUCACACUGA